AUGACAUUCCCUCCGACUAGUAAUGUCUUCAGCGGCCAAAACGCCCUGAGAGACUACUACGACCCCGAUAAGAACCCGCCACUACCUCUCGUGGAGAUUCCUCGGCAGCUGAACCCUUUCUACGAUGAUGGGGUUCACAUAUAUGCUAAGAUGAUGACUUUUCUCCCGGCCCACAACGUUAAGGAGCUUCCGGCCCUGGCUAUGUUAUCGUCCUCGCAAAUUUCUCCUCAGACCAAAUCUCUUGUUGAAUACUCUUCUGGCUCCACAGUCAUCUCGAUGGGCAUCAUUGCUCGUGUCUUACAUGGCAUUGUCGACACCCGGGCUUAUAUCAGCAACAAAACCAGCGAGAGCAAGCUCAAACUUUUACAGUUCUUUGGCCUGGACCUACGACUCUUUGGCGGCCCAUCGCAGCCAGAACCGACGGAUGAGCGAGGAGGGAUCCAGCGAGCACGUCGCGAUGCGGAAGCCGACGACACCAUGGCGAAUCUAAAUCAAUACGAAAACGACCUAAAUUGGGGCUCCCACAUGCGGUGGACCGGCCCACAGAUUCUGGCCCAGCUGCCCUCAAUUUCCGUACUUUGUGCAGGCAUGGGUACGGCUGGGACACUGACAGGUACCGCGACCUACCUCAAGCGUGCCAAACCCUCAGUGGCAACAGUCGGGGUGUGUACAUCUCCCGGAGACCGCGUUCCAGGUCCGCGUAGCCAUGCUCUCCUUGCUCCCGUCAAGUUCCCGUACAAGGCCUGCGUAGAUGAGAUUGUCGAAUGCGGGUCCGAGGAUGCAUUCAAGACGUCCCUUUACCUGACACGUAAUGGUCUGAUCUGUGGGCCAUCGUCUGGAUUCAACCUUGUCGGCCUUAUUCGAUACCUCGAAAAGCGAAAGGUGGAAGGAACCUUAGAGCAACUGCGUGGAGACACGGGACGAAUCGAAUGUGUGUUUCUGUGUUGCGACCUUCCGUAUCAGUACCUUGAUGAAUAUUUUGAAAAGGUUCCCAAGGCUGACUUUCCGCCAAUCCGAGGUGCAAAUCUGGCCAAGGUAGAUAUGUACCGAUAUGAGGAAGGUUGGGAGCUCAAGCCGCAGAGUGCUGCCCUUGUCAACGCAUGCUCUAGGGACGAUUCGAUCCUGGUUGACCUUCGCGCUACAAGCGAUAUCGGUCCUUUAUCGUAUCCAAAGACUGGGCACACACUUCGGAUACCCAUGAGAACGCUUCAACGAGAUCAAACUAGUCCGUUCCACGAUAGCCAAAUCCUCGAACAGCAGUGGAAGGAGCUAGCGGACUGUUUUGAUCGCAAAACCUCCCCAUAUGCGGAACACUUGGAUGUCUUGCAGGGAAAGACCGCCGUCAUCAUCUGCUACAACGGAGACACUGCAUGGAUGGCGACUAGUAUUCUCCGUGCAAAUGGCGUGAUAGCUUGGUCUAUCAAAGGCGGUGCUCAUGCAUGGGCAGAUCAGCAGAAUAUACCAUCUCCGGUAGACAGUCCACAGAGACCCUAG